GAACAGAAACUCCUACAGUCACUGACACUGAGAGGAGAAAUGGCACAGAAAGGAGUUCAGCUGGACCGAGAAACCUUCUCUUGUUCCAUCUAUUUGGAUCUACUGAAGGAUCCGGUGACUACAGCCUGUGGACACAGCUACUGCAUGAACUGCAUUAAAACCCACUUUGAUGAAGAGGACAGAAAGCGAAUCCACAGCUGCACUCAGUGCAGGAAGACUUUCACACCGAGGCCUGUCCUGGAGAAAAACAUCAUGUUAGCAGCUUUAGUGGAGCAGCUGAAGAAGACUGGACUCCAAGCUGCUCCAGCUGAUCACUGCUAUGCUGGACCUGAAGAUGUGGCCUGUGAUGUCUGCACUGGGAGGAAGCUGAAAGCCAUUAAGUCCUGUUUAGUCUGUCUGGCCUCUUACUGUGAGAAACACCUCCAACCUCACUAUGAUGCAGCUCCAUUAAAGAAACACAAGCUGGUGGCCCCCUCCAAGAAGCUCCAGGAGAACAUCUGCUCUCGUCAUGAUGAGGUGAUGAAGAUUUUCUGUCGUACUGAUCAGCAGAGUAUCUGUUAUCUCUGCACAGUGGAUGAACAUAAAGGCCAUGAAACAGUCCCAGCUGCAGCAGAAAGGACUGAGAAGCAGAAGGAGCUCGAGGUGAGACGACUAAACAUCCAGCAGAGAAUCCAGGAGCGAGAGAAAGAUGUGAAGCUGCUUCAACAGGAGGUGGAGGCCAUCAAUGGCUCUGCUGAUAAAGCAGUGGAGGACAGUGAGAAGAUGUUCACUGAGCUGAUCCGUCUCAUCCAGAAAAGAAGCUCUGAUGUGAAGCAGCAGGUCAGAUCCCAGCAGGAAACUGAAGUGAGUCGAGUCAAACAGCUUCAGGAGAAGCUGGAGCAGGAGAUCGCUGAGCUGAAGAGGAAAGACGGCGAGCUGGAGCAGCUCUCACACACAGAGGAUCACAACCACUUUCUACACAACUACCCCUCA